UAUCCUCUGUUAUUAACAAAAUUCGUUUUGCAAUACCUAGUUGCAAAUUUCACAAUAUUUAGUUGCCUCUCAUGGAUAUCAAAUGUGAAAUCAGCGUUUGUAUUUCUCAAACAUGGGGUCAUUACAAGGUACAUUUUGUUACAUAUAAAUUAAUGAUACAUGCCAUAAAAAUCGCUGCACUAAAUAUGCUUCGAAGAAACUAUCUUAAAAGUAUAAACGAGAAAAGAAAAGAAAUCAAUUCGCGAUUUUUCAUUUACUGACCUUUUGCCGUUGUCACGUCGCUAAGCCUCAAGAUAAAAAUAAUGUAAAGAGGUCGUCGUUUCUGAUGAAUACUAUUAAUAGAGAUAAGUAAAAAAUUUUACCUAUAUUUGCGGAAGAAAUGCGCGUAACAAAGAGGACCUUGUAGCAGAGGCGAUACCUGGAAGCGGACGUUGCGAUGGCUCUGAACAGCCAACGCAGCAAGCGCCUGCCACCAGUAAGGCGAGGAACCAUAUAUGACCUCUAUCUGACACUAUCAGAUGACAGACUGCUUGAAUAUGACAUAGAUAGAUUGGUCUUCGAAGCACGCUCUCCUUAUCAAAAAGUGCAAAUCGUUCAUUCGAAAUCGCUAGGGAAUCUGUUGGUUCUUGACGAAUUACAAAAUAUUUCCGAGGCCGAUCUGGUAUACACAGAAACUUUGAUGCAACGUGGGAAAGAAAGUUAUACAGGAAAGGAAAUAGUUAUUUUGGGUGGAGGUGACGGUGGUUUACUUUGGGAGCUGCUUAAGGAGAAACCAAAAUCUGUCACUAUGUUGGAAAUUGAUGACGUUGUGAUAAAAGCUUGCAGCCAGUAUAUGAGAAGCAUAUGUGGAGAUUGUUUGGAUAAAAGAAAGGGAGAUAAUUAUGAAAUCAUCGUUGAAGACUGUGCAAAGACGUUGGCACACAUGAUCGAAGAAGGCCGACAAUUCGAUUACGUCUUCGGUGACCUUACGGACAUCCCAAUUAGCCCCACUCCGCACGGAGAUGCGUGGGAUUUCAUUAGAUUAAUCUUGAACUCCUCGAUGAAGGUUCUAAAGUCUACAGGGAAAUACAUGACUCACGGAAAUGGAGCAUCCUGUCCACAAUCAUUAGAAAUGUACGAACAGGUUCUCUCCCAGCUCUGUGUACCUGUGACUUUCACCAAAGACAGCGCUUUCGUACCGUCAUUCUACGAAGAUUGGGUCUUCUACCAAGUAUCGUUAAAAUGAUGGAUUAACCGUAUUAUACUGAGGUUCCAAGGGAGGUAUAUCUACAAACCUUUUUCUCCCUUAUGACCCAGAUUGGACCCUAGUCGCAGAUUUUUCGUUAACAAAUUGGUUCCUGAAAGAAAUGAUCCUCCCAUUGUUGGACAUGAACUCCCGAACGACACUACUACGCUGGCGUCUGUACAUACAGAAGGUGGUGGUUAUCUGUAUUUAUUUAACUGUUUAGUAACUAAUAAACUAUACAAAGGUGCUCAAUUAUUUUUUCUACUAA